AUGUUACUAGGAGUGUCUCAAGAAGCGCACCCCACCGCAAGAGCAUCCGCGGAUCGGAUGAUGCAAGAGCGAUCGGCGCCUACGCGGACGAUGCGAAGUCACACUGAUUCAUUGUUGGCGGUUGCGUUCUUCAAAGACGGCCGACGAGUCGUUACCGCUUCACACGAUAAAACCCUGCGAAUUUGUGACAUGCAGAGAGGAUCACUGGUAGGAGAGCCAUUCGAGGGUCACAAGGACUAUGUGCGAUCGGUCGCAGUAUCGCCAGACGACAAGCAAAUUGCGAGCAGCGGAGAUGAUAAAGCCAUCAUCGUCUGGGACGUUGAGAGCAAACAGAUGAUAUUCGAUCCACUGGAGAAGCAUACAGGCUGGGUGUUGUCGGUGUGUUUCUCACCUGAUGGAAAGAGACUCGCCAGCGGAUCGCACGAUAAAACAGUUGUCGUAUGGGAUGCCAAGACUGGCGCUAUCCUUGCAACAAUUGACGGUCAUAAUAAUUCGGUCUGGAGUGUUGCAUUCAGCCCAGAUGGGCUAAAACUAGCCUCCGGGUCAGCGGACCAUUCCAUCCGGAUUUGGCGCUCCGACAAUGCCGAGCUUCUUCUCAAAAUCGACGCUCACCAACAUUGGAUUCGAAACGUCGUGUGGUCGCCUGACGGUCAGCAACUUGUUUCUGCGUCGUUCGACAAAACAGUCAGAUUUUGGAGCUCAGAUGACGGAGCCCAGAUCGGUCAACCUUGCACUGGUCACGCUUACCACUCUCUCGCCAUAUCUUCUGACGGUUCCUUCAUUGCCACUGCCUCGGAUGACAAGACUUUACGGCUUUGGAGCACAAAGACACACAAGUUGAUAGGACAGGUACUCGAGCACACUGCCUGGGUUCGCUGUGUUGCAAUUUCUCUCAAUGGAGAGGUGCUUGUGAGUGGUGAUGGUGAAGGGAAGGUGCUGCUCUGCUCUAUCAAGAAUAUACUCGAGCAAUACAAUGCAGAGGAAGGGAUAUUGGAAAAUAAAGAAGCACGGCAACAACAACUCCCAUUCAGUGAAACUCAGCUGCGCAGUUACGAGAGAAAUGAAGAGUUCCUUAGCAAUCACGGCAGUCCGAGUAAUCAUUCCUCGGAAAUUGACGAAGAUUCUGACAUUGACGACGUACACUCAUUAUUUGACAUCCUUACUAUACAGGCGACGCUCUGCGAUGCAUCCAUUACUGGUAUCCUAGAUACCGCUGAAGAGCUGCUGACCCAAGAGAUUGACGCGGAUGAUAACAACUACGAAUCCUAUGCUAAUCGCUCAGUUGUAAGGGCACGACGUGCCGAGUGGAAGUAUGCACUUCAAGAUGCAGUCAAGUCAAUUGCGAUCCAGCCUUCCUUAUUGGGCUACAUUUCCAAGGCCAUCGCCCUCUGCGGCAAUGGGCAGCUCUGGGGCGCCAUGGAAGCUUUCGACCUCGCUUUCAUAUUUUGCAAUCGUGAUCCGAUUAUAGUCGAUCUCUUACUAUUGAUCAAGGCUGUCUCACUUUUCAAUGCCAAUUAUCACGAUGAGGCGAUGCGACGAAUUAAAGACCUGACUACUACUUAUCAACACCGAAAUAGAUUUCCAUGCAACGUUAUUAAUUCAUAUUUACGUGCGCAGCUUGCGAUAAUUGAUUUGAAAAAUGGGCAGUACAGCGAAGCCGCUGAUCAAUUCACGGCCAGUAUUACUGGUUUGUUCUUACAUCCGACACUUUUAGAACCUAGAUUGAAGAUAUUCACGGUGCUUUUCGGUUGGGAUUUGGAUUCGUUAUGGGAAACUAUCAGCCAAAGACGGUGUGAUGCAUUCCUCCUUGCUGGUCGGGUGAUCGAAGCAGUCGAAUCUUUUCAAUAUAUGAUGAACAUGGUCAACGAAGCUGGGAAGGGCAGCCGCAUCGAAUGGUCUACCACCUUCAAGCUAGACUGCACUGCGCACUGCGUCGCAAAGGCACACGAAGCUGUUACUGCGAGCAAUUAUGAGAUGGCUGUCUCAUUGUAUACGGCCGCGAUUGCGCUAGAUUCUACGAGGACGUCCCUUUUUACGCACCGCAGUAAGGUAAAUUUAGAACUAAAGCUCUAUGCAGAGGCCCUUCAGGAUGCGGAAAAGGUCAUUGAACUCGACCCGUCGUCAUAUCUUGGUUACGAAAUGAAACAUGUAGCACUCUACGAGGCCCAACAUUAUAGCGAAGCAAUUGAUGCCUUUGAGAUGAUGCUCUCCAAGUUGGACUGCGAGCUGCGUUGGCAAUAUAUCAGUCCAUCUGAAGCAAAGGACGCCAUUCAACAAGCCGUUCACGUUCGACUUGAAAAUGCUCCACUUCGUCUACUCAACACCUCUACUGGGCGUUUAUGCAACCUAGAGGCGCAGACACACAUUUUCAUGGAAAGCACAGAAUACAAGCAGCUUUUAUAUUCAUUGAUGAUCCAUGCUCCCCUUCAAACGGAGCUCAUCACAGAAACAGUCAAGAAGUACUUCAGUCGAGUCAUGUUGUCGCACAGGUGGGAACAGAAGGAGCCACUGUUGCACGACAUCCAGGACAAGGUCGUGUACGAUUUGAAUCCUGUCGGAGCCAUGGUCAAGUUGCAAACAUUCUGCAAAACUGCUCGUGAUGCGGGGUAUCGCUGGGCGUGGAGCGAUACCUGCUGCAUCGAUCAGAACAACAAUGUUGAGCUCCAACGAUCAGUGAACUCUAUGUUUGUUUGGUAUCGUCAGUCAGCUCUUACGAUCAUCUAUCUGUCGGACGUCCCGUCCUCAGCGAAGUAUGGCGCACUGGCAAAGAGCGCUUGGAACACACGAGGAUGGACUAUUCAGGAAUUCUUGGCUUCCGUAGUUGUUCUCUUCUUCCGAGCAGACUGGACCCGAUAUCUCGACGACCACUCUCCUAACCACAAGAAGUCUGCCACUAUCAUGCAGGAGCUGCAGAUUUCAACAGGCAUAGAUGCAUCGUCCCUUGUCACCUUCCGUUCGGGCAUGAGAGGCGCGCGCGAGAAACUCCAAUGGGCAUCAAGCCGUGUGACUACAUUGCAGGAAGACAUCGCGUACUCAUUGUUUGGCAUCUUCGGCAUCCACCUACCCAUUAUCUACGGCGAAACGAAACAAAAUGCGCUCGGCCGGCUUAUACAGGAGAUCGUCGCCCAGUCGGGCGACAUUACCGCCCUGGACUGGAUCGGGAAAUCAUCCCGGUUCAACAGCUGUCUCCCAGCUGACAUUACCUCGUAUAAAGCCCCGCCAUGCAUAUUGACAUCUUUACCGGAAGAUGAGAUGCAAAUGUCCGUCUCCAGGCUGCAAGAUGUUGUCCCUGUGGAGUCAGCUACGAAACUCUAUACCCUCCUUGACAACCUCAGUGCUCCUCGUUUCGCGAACUCCAGACUGCAACUGCCUUGCAUCGCAUUCCCUGUCACAGAUGUCAGAAGAAGGGAUCAGGGGACAUAUUUCACUUAUUUUGUAAAGGCAGACGGGCUUCAAGACCUUGUGAUCACCACAGAGGAUAAACUGACUCAAUUCUCGCGCACAAGGCCCAUUCCGCAGUCAUUCCUGCUGGUCCGCCCGUGGAAUCGUUAUGACCCCGGGCUACUUGACUUUGAGGAUGAUAUGUCCAUCAAAACAAUGUCUAUGCCCUGGUCAAUGUCAGAUCGUUCACUGAGCGGUUCUCCUGACAAAUAUGAAGAAAGUGUUGAUUCAGAGUUGCCCUUACGAGCGGUACGGUUGACGGUUCGUCUCGGGCAGGCUUUUGGCGCAUUUUUGCUAGCGCAGCAGCGUGGUGGGGAGUACAGGAGAAUCGCUUCGGAUCACAAUAUCAUGGCACGGGUCAAGGACAUAACUGCUGUUGAUGACAUGAACAUCAGAACGCUAGAGAUAUUGUAG